CGUAAAGUUAUCAAACUUGGUAGCCUAUUGUUUGAGUGUGUUUGAAAAGGGUGAUUGGUAUCCUACGUACCUAGCCUACUAGGCUAGUUAGGUACCUAGCUUAAAGGAUUCGACAAUGCUAACAGAGGCUAGCCUACUUUUUAUCAGUACCUAGCCUACUAGGCUUAGGCCACUUGAGAGAAGGGCUAAUUGAGGAGGACUGUUGGUCAUUUGACUGAUACAUUUCAAAAUUGAUUGUGCUGUAUUGUCAUGAUGCAGAGAGAAGAAAGAACUCUUGAUGUUGCCCUGGAUGCCAUCCUCCAGCGUGUUGUUGACAUUAAAGGUUCACUGCAAGAGUUGCUUGCAAGAGUUGAGCAUGAAGGGGAAGGUGGUGAUUGGCCAUCAUAUCUCAAUAACUUUUCUGUUAUAUCGGCACAGAUUUACACACUAUUGAAAUUACUUAAAAAUGAUAAGACACCAGCGCUACGUAAUUUUUUAACACUACCCUUGCAACUUAAUGCUGACACUGAUGAAAAGUUGCUUAUGGCCACAGAAGGUAGAGUUCCAUCCUUCAGUCAUGAUUUUGUUCCUAAUUUAUUAAGGACAAAACCUGAGCCAGAGGUGGAACAAAAGCAGUUGACAUUAGAGACUAAAAUGCAGCAGAUAAACUCUGAUACUGCUACCAAACAAAUAAAUAUCCAUAACAAAGUUGUCAAGCAUGUCCUUGAUUUAUUGAACACUGCACGGGAAGAGUGGGAGACCGAAACAGCUUCUCGCACGAAUCAACCCCAGACUUGUUCUUUUAAUGACACACAAAUGUUGAUUGCUGCCAUGGGCACAGGGAAAGGCAUCAAGACCAUCCCAGGCAGAGCUCCCAUGCCAAGGCCAUCUCCAACCAUGCCUCAGCAAGCACCUCAAAUCGCAACAAGCAAAGCUGUCAGCGCAGUCAAGACUAAUAUCAAAGCUGCAACAACUAUGCAUCCAUAUGGACGCUAAUUUGUAAACUAUGUACCCUUAAGUUUAAUUGUACUAACUAAGUCUUAAGAGUUAAUAUAUUCACAAA